UUAGCGAGCGCGGCUUUACAAGUGGCACGAGGGCAUUUAGUUUUACGUCCACAACGCAUUUUACAACUCAUUCGACAAAUCAUAAUACAUGAUAAAUAAGUUUUGGAAAACGCUAAUUCCCAUACGGGUAGUAGAAUCGGUCAGUUUGGGGCACGUGAAGUUGAACUUCACAUAUCGAAUCUUUAAAGGUUUACUUUCCAGUGUAUCGGGGUUGGUAAUUGUAAUCCUUGAUCAAAUGACAAUCAUAUCGAAUCAUCUCGAUAAAUAGCGACUCAAAGUACCAAAAAAAAAAAAAAAAUUGCGUGGUGGAACCAAAGUGGAAAAAUCCAAGCUGAAACCAUGAGGUCAUCACUAGUCCUUUUGGCAACUUUGUUCCUCGCGGUCGACCUGACGGUCUGCUACCAUCCUCCGAAGACCGCGAUCGACGACAACUCCAUACCUCUGUCUCAAGUGCCACUUCAGUCCCAGAUCAACCCCCAGUUGAUAACACGCGAGGAGUGUGCCAAUCGGUACGGUGUUAACGUCAACAACCAGCACCAGCAGGUGUCCAGUGGUGUGGGCUCCUCGCUGCCAGCUUACUCCCCGCUGUUGCCCCCAUAUUCACCCAUUCCCGGGGUCAGCUCGCCACUGCCCCUCCCUGUGAUCAACAGCUACGUUGACAAUCGCUACGUCAAUAUCCUGCCACCCCUGCCUAAGGUAGCUGGCGUGAACCAUUACGCCGGCCCCGUGCUCCAGAACCCCGUGGUGCCGAGAAUCUCCGGUAGCGUCAGGAGCGACCAGAGCCCCCAACUGGGCAACGAUGGGAUCGUGUUCGAGGAUACUUUCCCGAGAGCAGGCCUGCCCCUGGGACCGCCGAGCCGACAGGUCAUCGUCCGGGGCCUUGAGGUGGUCCACCAGUGGAAGUACCUCGACUGGGUGUACCCGAGCGCCCAGCUGACCGGCAAGAACUUCACGCUCGGUAACCCGCUGUCGCAGGACGUGGACAUAGACAGGAGGGGACGGAUCUUUGUCACUAGUCCACAAUGGCUGUCCGGGGUGCCGGUUACCCUGUCGACGCUGACCAGUCAGUACGGGCCUGGGGGCCCCUUGCUCACGCCCUACCCGAAUUGGGAGUGGCACAGGCCGGGCUGCGAGAAUUUGGUCUCGGUCUACAGGGUCUUGGUAACUAUACCGUCGAUGCGUGCUGUUAACCCUUUUAUUUUUUUUUUCUUACUCGGUUCAUGUUGGUAA